AGAACGUUGAAUUUUCCACCGACACGGCUCUAUUACGGAUCGCUUGCGAUUGGAGUCGAUUAUGGCUCCCCCGAACUCACGAAACGGCAAACAUGCGAAAUCUCGAGAUGCGUCGUUGAAACGCAAGCGGGGACAGGAGGAUUUGUCCACCCUCGUCCAGAAGGUCGAGGAUCUCGAUAUCAAAGAGACCUUCAAGUCCUUCUCCGACAUUCCUCUUUCCGAACCGACCGCUUCCGGCCUGGAGGCGUCCCAUUUCAAGGCCCUGACCGAUAUUCAGUCUCGUGCGAUCCCCCAUGCGCUGAAAGGCCGGGACAUCCUGGGUGCCGCAAAGACCGGCAGCGGCAAGACCUUGGCCUUCAUUAUCCCCGUUCUCGAAAACCUUUAUCGCCGGCAAUGGGCGGAACACGAUGGUCUGGGGGCAUUGAUCUUGUCUCCUACGCGCGAGUUGGCCAUUCAGAUCUUCGAGGUCCUGCGCAAGGUCGGCCGCUUCCACGGCUUUUCGGCCGGCUUGAUCAUUGGUGGAAAGAGCCUACGGGAGGAGCAGGAUAGACUGGGACGGAUGAAUAUCUUAGUCUGCACGCCCGGUCGCAUGCUUCAACAUCUGGACCAGACGGCUAUGUUUGACACCUUCAACCUGCAGAUGCUCGUCCUGGACGAGGCCGAUCGCAUUAUGGACAUGGGUUUCCAGAAGACCGUGGAUGCGAUCGUCGGCCAUCUUCCGAACGAGCGACAGACCAUGCUAUUCAGUGCGACCCAAACCAAGAAGGUGUCUGACCUGGCCCGGUUGAGCCUGCAGGACCCCGAGUACGUCGCGGUUCACAAUACGGCGGAGUCAGCAACCCCUUCCACGCUUCAGCAGCACUACGUGGUCACGCCGCUGCACAACAAGCUUGACGUCCUUUGGAGCUUCAUCCGGAGCAACCUCAAGUCGAAAACGAUCGUCUUCCUCUCGUCGGGCAAACAGGUGCGCUUUGUGUACGAGUCCUUCCGACGGCUCCAGCCUGGUAUCCCGUUGAUGCACCUCCACGGCCGACAGAAGCAAGGCGGGCGACUCGACAUCACCUCCAAAUACUCCCAAGCCAAGCACGCCGUUCUCUUUUCCACCGACAUUGCCGCCCGCGGUCUCGACUUCCCGGCGGUCGACUGGGUCAUCCAAAUGGACUGCCCCGAAGACGCCGACACCUAUAUCCACCGCGUGGGCCGGACGGCGCGGUAUGAGCGGAACGGUCGCGCCGUCAUGUUUCUGGACCCUAGCGAGGAGAAAGGGAUGCUGGCACGUCUGGAGCAGAAGAAGGUGCCCGUCGAGCGGAUCAACGUCAAAGCGAACAAGCAGCAGAGCAUCAAAAACCAACUGCAGAGCAUGUGUUUCAAGGAUCCCGAGCUCAAGUACCUGGGCCAGAAGGCCUUCAUCUCCUACGCCAAGUCGGUGUACGUGCAGAAGGACAAGGAGAUUUUCAACAUCAAGGCGAUGAAGCUGGACGAGUUUGCGUCGAGCAUGGGUCUGCCUGGUGCCCCUCGCAUCAAGUUCAUCAAGGGCGACGAUACGAAGGAGCGGAAGAACGCCCCGCGGGCCGCCGCGAACCUGUCCAGCGACGAUGGGGACUCGGACGGUGGCGAGGGGAAGAAGAAGAAGGCGCCGAAGGAGGAGAAACAGGUGCGGACCAAGUACGACCGAAUGUUCGAGCGACAGAACCAGGACGUGUUGGCCGACCAUUACCACAAGCUUAUCAAUGACGAUGGCACGAUGGUUGGCGCGGCGAAGGGCCCUGGUGAUGGCGAGGAUGAGGACGACUUCCUUUCGGUGAAACGCCGGUACGAGGCUGGAGACGAGGACCUCGGCGUGGCAAGCGGCUCCGACGAGGAUGCCUCCGACGAGGAUGCCUCCGACAAGGACAUCAAGACGGUACAUAUUGACGGCAAGAGUGAGCUGACGAUCGACUCGAAGCGUCGCGAGAAGCUGCUCAAGUCCAAGAAGAAGCUCCUGAAAUUCAAGGGCAAGGGCAAGAAGCUGGUGUACGACGAAGACGGCAAUGCGCACGAGGUUUACGAACUGGAAGACGAGGAACAGUUCCGGGCCAAGGGCGACGCCAAGGAGCAGCAGGCACGGUUCCUGGAGCAGGAGACCGAGCGGGCGCGGCAGGCCGAUCUGGAGGACAAGGCGGUCGCCAAGCAGAAGAAGCGCGAGAAGAAGGAGAAGCGCAAGGCUCGCGAGCGGGAGGAGCUCUACUCCGACGACGAGGGCGAGGAGGUCGUGGCCCAACUGGCCCCCUACGAGGAGAGCGAGGGGUCGGCAUCGGAGGACGACAGCCGUCGUCCCAGCAAGCGCACCAAGGUGCAGCGCCACGAGUCGGACGAGAGCGAGGACGAGCCCCGGCCCAAGAAGGACUACCGGAGAAGCACCACUCGUCCCGCCCAGGAAGCCCCCCAGAUCCAGACCCUGGAAGAUCUGGAAUCGUUGGCGACUGGAUUGUUGGGAUGAAGCAUGGGAUGGGGCAUUUCUGCAUAGUCGCCCGUGGAUUGAACACGGUCGUUCGAUUUUGUCUUUCUUGUCUAUCAUAUCCUUACCAUUUUUCUUCUCUUUUUUGUUUUCUAGUUCUC